AUGUCUAUAGCUGCCCUAGUUGAAGCUAAGAGGUGCGAAGCGGCUCACAAUGAUGUCAUAUUGCCUGUGUUUUGGCUAGGAUGGCAAUUCCUCUUGUUAGGAGUUUGUGACGUGCCUACUUUUGGAGGAAUGUUCGAGUUCUUUUACUCAGACGCCAAGUACCAUGAGGAGUAUGUGCACUGCAUUGUCAUGGUGUUCAAUAUCUUUGGGGUACUUUUUAAGCUCAGUUCUGGUGUCCAUAGCAAAUUCAUUGUGGAGGUGUUGACAAACAUGGUGUUCUUAGCCAAUGCCAGUAACUUCGUUGGAUACUUCUUGUUGUCAAUGCAUUACCCAGAUGCUACAGCAGCAAAUAUGGUGACCAAUUUCACUCUUUCACAAGAUUCAGCCUUCUCGGUCUCAAGCAGCCAUUCAGAUGUCGUUGCUGCCGAUGUAGGUGGAAUCAAUGCCUCCUUACCUGCACACGGUGCUGAUCAGCUUGAUCACAGCAACCAGAGACUUAUCUCUUCCUACUUCAACUGGUUUUUCUUUUCCCUAUGCCUGGGAGGCCUCCUAAGCUGUACUAUGAUUUGGGUGGAAGAAAACAAAGGCUGGAAUUGGAACUUCACUAUAACAAUUAUAGCCUUGAGUUUGGCACCUUCAAUUUUCAUCGGUGGGAGUCUAUUUUAUCGACACAAAUGUCCUUACGGAAGCGCAUUGACAAGAAUCUUUAAGUUCGGAACUAGAAGGCCUCACCAGAAAAAAGUUAUAGAGAACCAGUAUGCAGUAUCUGCAAUCAAUUCGGACGGAGUUGAUGCACAAAACCGGGAGGUUCCACCGCUUUUUGCCCUGCUGUUGGAGCUUGAAUUGGCCGGAAAAUGCUAUCAAGCAUGCGAUUUUUUAGACAAAGCAUUAAUUGAUAGCACAAUUAGUGCCGCUCAAGUUAAGGAAACAAGAGCUUUUAUAGGCCUUCUACCCAUCUUUGCAAGCACAAUCAUGAUGAAUUGCUGCCUAGCCCAACUUCAGACAUACUCAGUGGUACAAGGGACCACAAUGAACCGAAAAAUAAACAAUUUCGAAAUCCCAGUUCAGUCAUUGGGCAUACUCCCCCUCUCCGUUUUGCUUGCUUCUAUUCCCUUAUACGAACGAUUCCAAAGAAUCUUAGCAUCCAAAAGCCCAGCAAAAAGUCACACCUUCCAACCACUUUGGAGGAUUGGGCUAGGGCUGGCACUAGCAUCUGCAUCAAUGGCCGUAGCUGCCCUAGUCGAAGGUAAGAGACGCGAGGCAGCUCAUAAAAAUGCCACAUUGUCUUUCUUCUGGCUUGGCUGGCAAUACCUCAUCCUUGGAGUCUCAGACAUCCUCAUCCUUGGAGGAAUGCUUGAGUUCUUUUACUCGGAAGCACCGGAUAGCAUGAGAAGCAUGUCCACUUCGUUGCCAUGGUGCUCAACAUCAAUGGGGUUCUUUUUAAGCUCAUUUCUGGUGUCCAUAGCAAAUUCAGUGAGUGGAAAAUUUGGUAAAGAGUGGCUUGGAGGAGCUGAUGGGAACCAUUCACGUUUGGAUCUGUUUUAUACACUCUACGCAUUCUCAACACUCUCAAUGAUGGGCUAUGAAGUAUUAGUGGAACGCGGUUCUUUCUUACAUGCAACUGCACAUGUCAAACUGUGA